AUGUGGGUAGAUCGGGCCAUAAUACAUCACUAUCAGCCAAAUGCUAUAGCUUUUGAAUUUAAUAAAUUCUUCUCCUCAGUGGCCAGUUCUCUUGAUGCUGACUGUGAAUUGGAACUGGAUACAGUCGCCACUCAUACCCCUGCUUCAUCUAUGGUUCUAGCUCCUGUGUGUGAGGACGAAGUGGGACGUAUUGCAGAAGGGGAAGCAGCAGGCAUCAGUAGUAUCAAGUGUCACUGCGGAGGCCUGUACUGUGGCAUCUACAGAUAUUCGGACAAGCACGACUGCUCGUUUGACUACCGAGAGCUUAGGGCACAAGAGAUCCAGGGCAACAAUCCACGUGUUGUCAGUGAGAAGAUUAAAAAGAUAUAA